AUGAACUACACAAAUAGCUCACCAAGUCAUGUGACAUAUCGCGAGAUUAAGGCGUCCUUGAAGAUCUCGAAGACCUCAAUUCAAAAAAAAUUACAUGAAGAAUUAGGAGUAAGAAAAUUAGUUUCUCGUUGGAUACCCCACCUGUUGACUGAAGAGCAGAAAGCAGCCAAGGUUAAUUGGUGUCAAAAAACGCUUGACCGUUUCAAUUCCGGAAACUCAAAAAAUGUGUACAGCAUUGUUAGUGGUGACGAAUCGUGGAUUUACUGUGAAGAAAAGCCUACAAAAGUCAUCCAUGGUCGCGAUAUAUUUGUGUCAAAAGCGGGUCAUAUUGCAACAAUUCCUCUUAAUGAGCAAAGAACUGUUACUGCGGAUCGGUAUACCACCAUUUGUUUGCCAAAGGUCAUCACCGAGCUUCGAAAAAUCAACCCCGAAAGAAGAAUCAUCUUCCACCAAGAGAAUGCAAGCUCGCACACAGCCCAAAAAACAAGGCAGUAUUUAACGGAAGAAAACGUGGAAUUAUUGGGCCAUCCUCCAUAUAGUCCUGAUCUAAGUCCUAACGAUUUCUUUACUUUCCCGAAAAUUAAAAACAGACUGCGUGGUCAAAGGUUCCAGUCACCAGAAGAAGCAUGA